AUGGAAAAGGGUUCCAGUCCAAAUGGCUCUAGAUUAUCUUAUGUGUCGAGGCAUACCGAGGUCCAGGGUUUCUCAUCAGAGUCUGAAAAAGGCAUAGGCAACACCUUUGCCAGCCAGACGAUAAGCCGCACGACGUGGGAGAAAUACGGGAUUGAGAACCGCACGGAUUUGCAUCUUGUCGAGUUCUUGCCAAACGAUCCAGAGAAUCCGCGAAACUGGUCCGACCUGAAGAAGAUCCUUGUAAGUUUUCAACUAUGCCUUCUCGUCGUCGCUGUGUACGCGGGGGCGUCCAUCUACACCGUUGGCACCCAAGGCGUCCAGGUGCGCUUUGGCGUCUCCGACACCGUCGCCCUCUUGGGAUUGACGGUUUUUGUACUGGGAUAUGGACUUGGUCUCAUGAUAUGGAGCCCGCUCUCUGAGGUCCCCCAGAUAGGUCGGAACACCAUCUUCAUCCCCGCCCUCGUCAUCUUCAUUCUCGCCCAGGUCCCAACCGCGCUGGCCACCAGCAUCGGCAUGCUCCUGAUAUUCCGAUUCAUCGCCGGUUUCUUCGGAUCCCCGAUCCUGGGGGCCGGGGACGGCAUCCUCACGGACAUGUACGAAUCGCGGAAGCACAUGUACGCCAUGGUGGGCUUUGCGCUUGUUGGCAUCUGCGGGCCUACAUUAGGCAAGUCCAAGCUCCAUUUCCGCCCCAUCAUUGGAGGUUUCGCCGUACAGGCCAAAGGAUGGCAAUGGACCAUGUGGAUCGUCUGCUGGGCCAGCACCCUUGUCCUCGUAGUCCUGGUCUUGUUCCUCCCCGAGACGAGCGCCGAAAACAUCCUUUACCGGCGAACGAUGCGGCUUCGCAGGGUCACCGGCGACCUUGGUUUUGUCUGCGAGGCCCAGCUCAAGGCUGACAACACACGGGGCGUCGAGCUCCUCAAGGCGCACCUCAUCCGGCCCUUUACGCUGGUGCUUACGGAUCCUGCCGUCUUCUUUCUCAACCUGCACAGCUCGUUCACGUAUGGGUUCAUGUACAUCUGGUUCGAGUCCCUGCCGCUGGCCUACAAGGAGGUAUACCACUUUGACAUCGGAACGGCGACUCUUGCUUUGCUGGGUCUUAUCGUCGGCGUGCUAGUCGUCAUUCCUCCGUUCUUCCUCUACUACCGGUUACGUAUCGAGCCCAAGUAUGCCCGCAACGGCAAAGUCAAGCCGGAAAAGCAUCUUCAUCCUGCCAUGCUUGGAAGCUUGCUCUUACCAGGCAGCCUGGUCUGGUUCGGGUGGACCGCGAGGCCCUCGAUCCACUGGGCGGUCCCCAUAGCCGGCUCGUCACUCUUCACAGCCGGCGCUCUGCUGUUGUACAUUUCUAUUCUGAACUACCUCGCGGAGUCGUACCCGAAGCACAUAGCUUCCGUUCUUGCCGGGAACGAGCUGUUCGCCAGCAUGUGCGGAGCAACUUUCCCCCUGCUCAUCCCGUCAAUGUUCCACAAGUUUGGCGUCCUCGGGUCGAGCAUGAUCUUGGCCAUAGUCGCCAUGGCAUUCGUGCCUAUCCCCUAUGUAAUCGCCAUGCGGGGCCCCAAGCUCAGGAAGCGUAGCACUUACGCUGCGAAAGGAUGA